AAUGUUUGACGAUUGAGGAAGUGUUUAUAUUUUCACAUUCAGUAGAAAAUCCAAAUGCAAAAUGUUACCUUUUUGUCGUCAAUUUAAACAACAAAUCUUAAAUAUAAUACGAUUAAAUGCUGAUAUUUCCUAUCAAAGCCAACAAAUUCGCAAUUAUUGGAAACCAGUUAAUGUACCAAAACCUGGCGUUAAGGGUAAAAGUUACCGGAGAAUUGUUCACUUUAAAGAUGAAUAUACCGUUGAACCUUUAGAGGUUACGAACCUUGCCGGAAGGGAUCCAGUAACAGGUAGAGUUGUAUGCAAAGGAAUUGGUGGUGGAAUAAAACAUAAAUAUCAUUGGAUCAAUUGGCAUAGAGAUGGACCAACUGAUUUGAAUGAAAAACCAAAAGAAGAAGAAGUUUUAAAAGUAUUUAAAGAUGGUUGUAGAACUAGUUAUGUAGCUUUAGUUGGAUCUGGUUCAGAAUUAAAAUAUAUACUGGCUACUGUCAAUAUGAAAAAAGGAGAUAUUCUAAAAACACAUAAAGGAAUACCUAGAAUACCGGUUGUUGCUUCUGAAGGAGAUGCAUAUCCUCUUGGGGCUCUUCCUAUAGGAACAAUAGUUCAUUGUAUUGAAAAAUUUGUUGGAAUUGGUGGAUUUUUAAUUCACGCAGCUGGCACUUUUGGUACUAUUACUAGCAAAAUAAAUGAUAGAGUGAUAGUGAAAGUACCUAGUAAGAGAGAAUUUAAUUUAGAUCAACAUUGCAUGGCAGUGGUAGGUCGAGUAUCCAACGAAGAACAUCAUAAUAUUCCUGUUGGUAGUGCUCAAAAAAAUCGUGAAUUAGGUAAUAGACCAAGAAGUGGAUUAUGGCAUCGGAAAGAUGGAAGGCAUGGGCGUAAAAUUAGACCAACACCACCUAUUAGACGUUUCGAUCCUUAUUUACCAAAAUCGGACGAUACUAUACAGUUAUCUCUGAAUGGUUUAUAAGAUUUACUUUGCGAAUAAUAUGUAUGUUAAAUGAAUUAUUCUUUUUCAAGAAAAUUUUGAGUAAUACAAUAUGAAAU